UCAGAUGAGUUUCAUUCGCACGAUAAAAAGCCUAGACUCGAUGGAAAUGAAAUACUGAGACCCAGCAUUUCUUCUGGUAAAAAAUAUGAAAAGAAGGCAGACGAUGGAGUAAAUAAAGAGGAUAAAAAAGGACCGAUUUCCUUGGAACAGUUAAUUGCUCUUAGAAAAGCUGAAGAGGCAGAGUUAAAUAAACCUAAAUUUAUCCCCAAGGCACAGCGUGCUAUUGAGGCAAUGAAGCGGCGAGAAGAAGAAGUACGAAUGCAGAGAGAGAAAAUGAACGAAGGCCUCAAGAAGCAAAUAGAAUAUUUGAACAAGUUGAACGGUAUUAAUGUUCUUAUGGAUAAAUAUAGGGAUAAAACGAGAAAAUUGGACAAAUCUGGGGAUAAACAAGGGUUAAAUGUUGAUCGAGAUAAACAACGUGAGGAAGAAGCUGUUAAAGAGCGUUAUUUGGGUCAAAAAAUCUUAACUAAGCGCCGUCAACGCCGUUUGAAUGAAAGGAAAUUUGUAUUUGAAUGGGACGCUUCCGAAGACACCAGCCAAGAUUACAACCCGCUUUACAAAGACAAGCAUCAGGUCCAAUUUUUUGGUCGUGGGCAUCUUGGUGGUAUCGAUAUCAAGGUGAAAAUAUCAUUAUUUUUGCUUAAAAUCGUAUAUGCUAUUUUCUACAAUUUUAUCCAAAUAUCGCUACUAAUUGCAACUAAUACCUAG